CUGGUGGGAGCCCACAGCAUCCUCUGAGGCCCAGCUCUGAGCCGCCCCUGGGACUCCAGGCCUGGCAUGGUUCAGGGGCCCAUGGGAAACUGUGCCAAGCGGCCCCGACGCCGGGGGCCUAAGGACCGGGAGCUGCGGCCAGAGGAGAUUGAAGAGCUGCAGGCUGCCUUCCAGGAGUUUGACCGAGACCGGGACGGCUAUAUUGGCUACCGGGAGCUGGGAGCCUGCAUGCGGACAUUGGGCUACAUGCCCACCGAGAUGGAGCUCAUCGAGAUUUCACAGCAAAUCAGUGGUGGGAAGGUGGACUUUGAAGACUUUGUGGAGCUGAUGGGCCCCAAGCUACUGGCAGAGACAGCAGACAUGAUUGGCGUCAGGGAGCUGCGGGACGCUUUCCGGGAGUUUGACACCAAUGGGGAUGGCUGCAUCAGCCUGGGGGAGCUCCGGGCGGCCCUGAAGGCCCUGCUGGGAGAGCGCCUCAGCCAGCGGGAGGUGGACGAGAUCCUCCAGGACAUUGACCUCAACGGGGAUGGCUUGGUUGACUUUGAAGAGUUUGUGCGAAUGAUGUCUCGCUGAGCCUGCACAGAAGCUGGAGGCAGCAGACAGGACUUGGGACAAGAGCCACUGCCUGCCAGUGUGUUCCUGGAAGCCCAUCACCUCCCGCUGGGACCCACCUCCUCUUUUCCCCUACAACCCCACCCCCUCGCCUGUGUGCAAUGCCCUUGACUGCCCUCAUGCCAACUCCCCACUCCUCCACCAAGCCCCCUUGCCCAUCUGUUUCUCUGACAAUAAAGCAUCUUCGAGCUGGGG